AUGGCGGUUGCUAUGCGCAUUGCCGCAAAGUUCAACUCUUACUAUGCGGACCGACCAGGUGAGAAUGCCAUCGAUUCAGUUGGCGAUUUGCCUCGUGAAGUCACUAACGAGUCGGCCCAUGCAGUUUUGACCACUAUGGUCACCAACGCGGUGCUCGGUGGAGUCGCAGAUACCGUCGCCCAGUUGAUCACCGCCGUCAAGGCUCGCUCGGCCAUCCGCCAUUCUCCCGACGGCGACAUGAUUUCCAUCGAGAUCCAUGAGAUCGACAAGGAACGGCCACCACCGCUGGGAGAGCUGGGCCAUGCGAAGCACAUUCCGCCUCCAUUCGACUUCGAGCGUCUCACCCGGUUCAUGUCGUAUGGUUUCUUCAUGGCGCCGAUCCAGUUUAAGUGGUUUGGGUUCUUGUCUAGAGCGUUCCCGCUCACCAAGAAGAACCCAACGCUGCCGGCUUUGAAGCGUGUCGCUGCUGAUCAGCUGAUUUUCGCUCCCUUUGGUAUGGACAUUGAUUUCCCAGAGCGCUCUACCAGGGGUGUGAGUGUAAUUGCAGCUAAUGCGGUUAUCGAUCUAGGUCUCGCUUGCUUCUUUACGUUCAUGACUGUCGCGGAGGGUGGAGGCAAGAGAGCGUUAACUCGCAAGUUCCAGGACGUCUAUCUCCCGACCCUGAAAGCCAACUUUGUGCUGUGGCCUGCUGUGCAGAUCCUCAAUUUCCGGGUGGUGCCCAUUCAAUUCCAGAUUCCAUUUGUAUCUACGGUCGGUAUCGCGUGGACCGCAUACCUGUCGUUGACGAACUCGGCCGAAGAAGAGUAA